AUGGCAUACAACAACUCUCCAAAUCUACAAAACCCAACGGAUGGUAACCCUCCCAUUAAUCCACCCUCAGAAAUACCUACCCAGGUCGUUAGUAACUUUACGACUGAUAAAACUACCGGCAACACGCAAUAUGUAAUGAACGACCCAAACAGUCAGAUAAUAUACACCGUCGGUCCAGACGGUAAUCCGGUCCCGAACAAUCCCGUAUUAUAUACGGUCGCUGAGGGUACCCCGGUAGUUCCUGUGAUGCCUUACGAUAACACGAUUGUUACCAGUGUGCCUCCAUCGUCGCCACCACAGUUCAAAUUUGCCAGUAAGGAAGUCUAUAUUGCAAUAGCUGCAUUGAUACUUGUUCUCGUGGGUGCUAUCAUGUUAGGGGUGGCAAAACCAUCUCUUACCAGUUGUGUCAAAAAUUGUUCACCAAAUUAUUCGGAUUUAACCGAUAUCUCUUCCAUUUAUUCUGCUUCUUUGAACUACGACAGCUGUCUUAAAAAAUCCUUUGCUGAACAGAACGAUAUAACUAUACGGCAACUACGAGAAGACUCCCCCCCGGAAAUAGCAAAUCUAGUUAAGUUGUCAACAGUGACAGCUGUCGAAGAUAAUGUCCAGUUCAUUGCACAGUUUGAUUGGACAACCCGGGGAAUACAAGACGAUACGAUUCCCCAGUGGUUCCACGAAUACCUCAAUUGCAUUAAACUCGUAGCUGACGCAAAUCUCACAGUCGAUUACCAAGAGCAUCAUCAUGCUUGGGAGAAAUUUGGUUUGCCAUACGAAUAUGAUGAUGCAGGUGAAAAGCAUCAAUUUUUUGACGAUCUAAACUGUGCAUUUAGCGAACCAGCAACAGUUUUACGAACGAGCUGUUGA